AUGGCAACAGCGGCGGCGGCAACUCGGGGAAGAGGGGGGCAUGCCUUCUCCGCGGACGGCGCCUAUCUCAUCCUUGUGGAUUGCUGCAGCAGCAACAGCAGUCACCGCAUCAGCACGGCUUUCCAGCUCGCGGCAGAGCUUCUGCGCUGGCCGAAGGCGGUGGCGGCGCAGGUAUACCGCGAUGGCUGCCCAGCACUGCCGCCCAUCCCCGUCGCUAACAAGUACUUCGCCACGCGCGUGCAUGUUGUGCUUGCCGACACCACCNCUCUGCACGCGGCAGCGGACGACGACGACAGCGGCGAUGCGUGUGGUGUGUCACGGUUGCUGCGGAACUUCCCCAGCGCUGUUGGCUGCGUGCUCGUCGUGGACGCGUCGAUGCCCCCCGCGGCCAUGCCGCUGCACGCUGUGCCGAUGGCGUGCCUAUUUCGCGUCGUCGUCGGCGUCGGUGGCGGCGACGUGCUGCGGGAGCGCGGCGGCGUGUGGUACGACGCGUGCGUGGCGAGCGGCUACGAGUACGUGCCACACGGAGACGCGUACGAAGUGGUGCCGGCAGGAGUGGAGGCGCAUGGUCUCCUCGGCGGCGAUCACAGCGGCGCGGCGCGACUGUGCCAGGUCCUUCACAAUACAAUGUGGCCAGAGGCCUCGCGUGUGCCACACAAUAACACCAGCAGCAGCAGCAGGAGCGGAGGCGAUGUCGCUGGCAUGCGCGCAUCGAAGCGUGGUGUCACCUCGAUGAAUCUCGUUGCUGUUGUAAGCGCCUCGGGUGUGGAUGUCGUGCGUUGGCUUGCGGCUGCGUGCACGGACUGUCGCUUCUUCACAGCACUGUCUCCCCUGCAGGCGGCGGGGCGGGUGGGGACUGCGACGGGCAACGCUGACGACAACGAUAGGAAGAAUAACACGGCGGCCCUGACGAUUGCGAACAGGUACUACGCGGCGACGCUGGACGUGUUCUGCGUGCACCCUGCCCUCUGCGCACCCGUCAUGGCAGAUCUCUUUAUGGCGCAGUACGCCGACAGGCGCCCGCAGGUGGCUGUUCUCUGCUGGCCACCAACAGAAGCAGCAGCAACAGGAGGAACAAACGUGCUAAUGAGAGAGACGGCUUUGGAGCAGCAGCAGCAGCAGCUGCCGCUGCCGCUUAUUGUCGACCAGCUUCGGCGUUGGGGAGCAGCGGACUGUGUCAUCGUCGCCGAUGGUGAAUCUUCUCUAUCGCCUUUCGAGGCGCAGUACUGCAUGGAACAGUCGAUUGAAGUCAUCUGCACGAGCGUUGACGACGCCGCUACGCAAGGGGACGCGUGUGAAGUCGGCCCCACCGGCGCCAACCGUCUUGCGGAGGUCCUCCACUCUGUCGAGUGGCCAGAGCGAACAGCCAUACCAACGCUGCGGCCAGCGAAGGCGACGAAUGGCGUGUUGCUGUGGGCAUGUGCGCCGACGGCUGCUGCAGAGGAGUCGCUGCUACACGAGGCACUCGCCGCGUGUCUGCCGGAUUCCUCCAGCCGGUGCACUGCAACACUUCUGUCGAUGCAAUCACCCGGUCUAGGGGCGCCGGUGAUGACAACGGGUGUGCGCAACAAGUACUUCGAGGCGACUGCUGGCAUUUACUGUUUUGGUGGCGCACGCAGUGCCGUCAUGCUGGAGUGUGAGCCGACCAUCGAGCAGUUGCGCGCGUUUGGUGUUGUGGUUCUCGUCACGACGGCGGAAGCGGUGCGUGAGGCAGCGAUGCGCAGCAGAGUGGGGGCGGCGCUGGAGAAGUGCGGUGCCGCCCAGCGUGCUGCUGCUUUGGGCUCCGGGUGCAGCUCGUCGUCCCUUAUCUUGGAGGACGAACAGCAAGGGGCGGAGAUGACGCGACGGUUGUGUGUGGCGGCGGAGGCGUCGGUGGAGCAUCUGUGGUAUGUCGUUGAUGGCGACGGAUCAAAUGACGCAUUCAUAACAAGCGUGGAGGAGUUGCUGCUGCAGCUGCACCGGGAGGAAGAGCUAGAAGGGGACGAUGGAGCAGGUGAUGCGUCUUGCAAUGAUGCAGCUGGUGGCGCAGCAUUACCUGCGGAGGGUGAUGACGACAACAGCAGCAUCACAGGUGAGAUGUUUGCCUGGACGCCCGUCGAGGUGGUGUACGGCGUGGGUGGGGAGGGGAUUGGCGCGGCGCGGCUGCAGGAGGUGCUGCAGCAGCACGUGUGGCCGAACCGUAAGAUGCUGCAUGGCACCAGCAAGAGCACAACACUCGUCAGGGAGACGAAUGAGGAAAGCAGAAAAGAGGCAGUGGAGGAUGCGGUUGAGGUCGCGGUCCCACCGGUUGCCGGCUGCGAGCUCCCACCGGAAUAUCUUGUGGACCCACUCACGCAGAAGUCUGAGCGCGUUGCGGCGCUGGCCGUGACGAGUGGUGCACCACUGGACGAGCAGCAGCAGGAGCAGUUGGUGCAGUGGAUGGAUAGGAUGAAGCAGCACGGCCACAGGUUGUCCCGCGCUCUGCGGCAGCAGCAGGCGGAGGUGCUCGCAAACAAGUUGGGUGAACAUCUGGGUGCAGUGGGCGAGCCGUGA